AUGAAAUAAUUUAUAACCUUUAUCAAUAUUCCUGAAGUGCGUGGGAAGGCUUCCAAAAUGUCAGAUAUGCAGUAAGAGUUUCAGUUUUACAACGAGGGAACAUCAAUGCAAAAGCUGUAUGUGAGGGAUGUUCUCCAUUCAAGAUCAACCAUAUAAAAAAAGAUGGCAAAGAAUCCUCAAAACCGCAUAGAAUGUGCAAAAUCUGUAAAGAGGUAUAUGGAAGUCUAAUUCAAGGAAUCAGAGUAAAUAAAGAAUUUUGUGGAGUAGAAUCAUAUUGCUUACGGAGUAGACACUUUAUCGAAAUAAUGGUUGGGAGGCUCACUAACCUAGCAGGAAUAUAAGAAUGCUCGAGAGAGCGCUAAAAUUAGAUUUGAUAAAACAGAAAUAAGUGGUUUUGACAAUAUUAACUAUUCUUUAAAAGAAUUUUAUUAUUUAGUAGGCAAAGACAACACAAAACUGUAGAAUGUUUGUUUGACAUUUUGUUCGAAGAAUCCAGAAGUUCAAUUUUCAGCCGAAUUAGUGUGUUUGGCCAAUUUUCUAUUAUGCUUUUCCUCAGAAGCCUCCACUUUUCAAUUAUUAGGCAUAAUCUACAAACAGAAACCCACUGAUGAAUGCAUCGUAAGCAUAUUAACUUAUUGCGUAAAAGGAUAUGGUUUAGGAGAAGAUGAAAAAUAGUUGCUGAAGUAAUUUCUACAAAGUAGAUUGAAGAGAUACUUAUUAACAUUCUCAAUCAACAUGUUCAAUUUUGAUACAACUCUAUUCUUAAUCACACAAUUGAUCAAAAAAUACGAUUCAUUCAUUAAAGGAUUGUCUGCAAUAUUUAUAUUGGCCAGCACUUAAUUGAAGAAUACUAACCAUGAAGAUCUUGAAUUGUGGAUAUUAAGGAAUGUGAGAAGAAAAGAUGCAGAGAGUAAGUUAAACCUAAUGUAAUUACCUGCGCCUAAGUAGGAAAUAGAGAGUAGGGAUACAUCCUAGUCAAUUAGAAGCGUUGCAUUUUCAAUAAUUGAAUAAUAAGAUCAAUCUUAGUAUAAUGAAAUGAAGGCUGAAAUAUCCAAUUUAAAAUUGCAACUCGCUUUAAAAGAUAAUGAAAUUGAAAGCUAUAAAUUUUAAUUGCAAUAAAUGCAAUCUCCUGAUGAUUCCAAAAAAGACAAGUAUAUUCAAUAAAAAAAUGAAGAAAUUGCCAUUCUAUUAGCUAGAGUUGAUGCUUUGACCUUGGAAAAUAAAUAGUUAUCUAAGAGAGAGUCUAAUUAUUCAAAUUAGAAUUCUAUUCAAGCAGAAUAAUAGAAGAUCAUUUAAGAAUUACAAUAAUAGAUAGAACGCUUAAAGACAAAACUAAAAGAAUCUACUUUUGAAAACAGGGCAAUGUCAAUGUCAUUGGCUACGAGUGCUUAGAGUAUUAUGUCUGGUAAGGAAGUGCAGGAUUUAAAAUAAAAACAUGAAGACGAGAAACGAUAAUUAUUUGAUCACAUACAGGCUUUGGAACAGAAUAAGUCCUAAUUACAACGCAUUAUAGAUUCACAAAAACAAUUGAAUCAAAGAGUGGUCGACUAUAUAAGUUCAAUGACCAUCAAUAUUAAUAUCAUAGAAUUGUCACUCAAACCUCCUUUUGAGAGAAGCUUUAGAAAUGAUAACGAAGACUUUAAGCUCCUUAUUGAUACUAAGAAUCAACAAAAUCAAAUUUUGAAAACUUAAUAGUAAGCUCAAGGAUAUUAAGUAAAUGAUUUAUUCAUAAUGAAAUUAUAUAAUAAUAAUGAAAAAGAAAGAAUAAAUCAAUCAAAUUGUGAAUUCUCUGAAAUAUAAAUUAUUCAAGUAAUCCUGUGUCUAUUUAGAGUUUUUUACCUAAUUUUGAAGCGAUGGGCAGAUUACAGAUGGCUAACAAUUCUUUUGUGCUUAAUUCAAUAUUUACAAUUCACGUAUUUAAAUUUUGGACUCAAAGUUCAAUACGUAUGGUAGAAUAAAGCCUACAGUGACUUUAUUAAUCUGUUAUUAAAAUAUUUUACAAUUACCAUCUCUGUUAAGAAUGUUGGAAUUCGCACUUAUUUGACCGUGUUUUAUAUGUGUAUUGGAUUAAUCUUCUUAAGCAUCAUACUAAUCCUGCUUCUAGCCUUUGUUAUUAAAAAUUAGAAGCUAUAAAUGCCUCCUUUGCUAUUGCUCAAAUUCUUGCUUAAAAUAAUUCUCACAAUAGGCUUCUGGCCAAUAGUCAGGAUGUAAUUUGGUUUAUUAGCAUGUGAAUAUAAUAAAUAGGGAAAAUAUGUUAUGAUGUUUGAAUAAUCAGAAGAAUGUUGGACUUCAGAAUAUUACAUUCAUGCAGUUCUAGCCAUUAUAGGUUUGAUAGUGACAUUGUUGUUUUCCAUGUUCGUGUCAUUCCUAACAUAUGAAUCCAGAAACGCUAGCCAAGAUGCUAGUGCAAUGAGAAAUGGUAGAUCAUCUGCUCUACUGCUUUUAUACAUAUUUGUGUAAAUUAUGGUUUAUCAAUUAUUACCCACUCCUCAAUAUACAAUUAUCAUUAUCUUUGUAUUCCUCAUAGGAAGUGCCUGGAUGUUCAUAAGUACUCACUUGGAUUAACCUUAUUACGAUACUUUUAUCCAGAGAAUAUGGUCUAUUUUAUCUGCAGUCAAUUUGUGGACUAUUAUUAUGAUGUUGUAUUCAUAUUCAUUUGAUGGUUAAACUUUUUAAAAGACUGUAUAAGCAUGGUUAAUAGGAGUUCCCUUAAUUAUUGGUAUUUUAGCAGUUAGAUAACAGAAAACAGUAGAUCUAUUUGUUGCUAAUUUAAAAAAACUUAAAAAUGGAAAAUAAAUCAUCCUUUUAUGCGAAUAUCUGGUUUUGCUUAUAAAAGGAUCAGAAAAAUGUUAAAGAGCCUAAUUGCUACUUGACAGUUUUAUUGAAAUCCAUAAGGAAAUUUGUGAUAGAACUGAUUGCAGUGUGAAAUUAAAAAUGUAAUUGGCUAAUAAAUUCAAAGAAAAUCUAAUUUAUACAGAUAGAAAUUACAUUAUGAUUGAAUUGAUCAUUCAAAUAUACCAUGAAGGUAUAAAGAAAUUUCCAGAUGACGCUGCCCUAAGAUUAAGUUACAUCUAUUUCCUUUUCAAUUAAUAAAGAUCAUAUUCUUUGAUAAUGUCAGAACUAAAUCAAGCUAUGGAUUUUAAACCUACUUUAGACUACGAGUUCCAUAUCUUUAGAUACAAAACAAUUAUUGAAGAGGAAUCCAAUAAGAAGGCUGAGUUAUUUGAAUCAACAAAUUCACUAAAUUAGACGAAAGAAUUUAUCGAUCAACUUGAAUUAGUGGCCUUGAAGGUUGUUGAAUUCUGGAGUGCCUUGUAAGAAGAAGUGCCAGAUAUGAGUAAAUUAAUGGCCUAUGGAUUCAAAAUUAUUAAAUUAGAGGAAUAAAUCGAUUACAAAUGGAAUAAACUUUAAGACAAUAAAUCAUUAAAACUCUACUAUUAUUUAUCGAGAUUUUAUUAAUUGGUGUUGGAUGAUUAAGAAUAGGCAGAUUAAUAUUAAUAAUUAUUUUGGACUCUCUAAAAAUCUAAAUAACAAUAAUUAAGUGAAUUAGAGGAAGUUUGUAAUCAAUCGAUUCCAACUUUGGUAGCUUCAGCUUAAUUUUAAAAAGUUAAUAUUUAUGCAGUUAAUAAGUCUUUUUGUAGUUUGUUAGGAUAUUCAAAAGCAGAUUUAAUUGACAGAUCUAUUAAUCAAAUAAUCCCAAGCAUCUUCAAUGAGAAGCAUGAUUAAUGUGUGGAACUAUUCAUAGAGAAUAAAGCAAGAUAAGAAAAGGAACUUAUCACGUAAAGUGUAUAUUUAGUAACAAAGAGUAAUUAUAUUUUACCAAUCUUUUCAACUAUCAAAUUACUGUAAGCUCAAAAUAAUCAAUUUUUUUUUAUUGCCCAAUAUUAGUAAUCUUUUAGCCCUAAAUAAUUAUGUUAUCUAUUAUUAGACAUAAAAGGUCACAUUGAACAUAUUUCAAGUUCAUGCAUUUCAUUCUUGAGAUUAGAUGCUCAAAGAAUCAAAAUGAGGAAAAUUAAUAUCAAAGAAUUAUUUCCUGAUUUUCAUCUCAGAAAAGAUGAAUUUCUCUCUAAAAGUGGAGCUAAAUUAUAAAUUAAGCCUCAUGCCAUGAAAUAUAGUACUAAGACUGUAGACACAACCUUAAGCUAAUAUGAUUUGAUUGAGUUUUAAUGUUAUCUGUCGUACAUCUAAUUUCCUUGUUUAAAGGAUAGUAACAAAUACGGAAUGAUAAUUAAAUUAGAAAAACUUAAAGUUAAUAAUGCAGAUUCACCAGGUGUGAUAUUACUUCAAGCACAAUAAAAAAAUUUCAAAUAUCCCAUUUUUCAAUAUAUCCCACCAACUGUUUUCUAUAUGGAUUUUAUGAGUUUGACUUAGAUUGAAGAAUCAAUUAACAAUAAUAGUCAUAUCGAGGAAAAUACAUUAAAAAUAUCAAGGAUUGCUGACUACUUUUUAAUGGCUAAGAAAAUGACAUAAUCUAUUAAACAUGUUGUAAAUUAUGAUGAUGGUAUCAAAACUAAAAGAUUGUGGGAUAGUCAAAUAAUAGAUAUUUAAGAUAAUAACUAGGACUCAGAAGAGAUUGAAGAGGAAAGCAACUAACAAACAAAAAAAUAGGAAGAUGAAGAAAAAGAAAUAGAAAUCUAAGAGUUUUAACACUAUUUCAAAUUAUUCCAAUCUAAAUCCUCCAUCUAAAGGCUUCUAAAUAAUUCCCACAUUCCAAAGGCUUUAAAGUUAACUAAUGUGUUUAUCCAAAUUGCCUUAUUCACUCUCUUUGCAUCGGGGUUAGUUGUCUUUCAGUUUAAUCUGAAUGACGACACUAAUGUAUCAAAUAUGAUAUUCAACUUAAGCUUAACAAACAAACGCAUAUCUAGUUGUUUGAUGAUUAAUGCUAUCUUACAAGAUCUUAGAUUGGUCAGAUAGGGCGAGAUUAGAAAUACUAGGUCUGAUCUCGAUGAAAUCUUUAUUAUAAAUUUAGAAUUGAUGGAUUAGGAAAUAUAAGAACUUAUAACAAUUCAUUCAUAAUUAAGUUUGAUAGAUACAUAAAUAAAUGAGGAAUAUCAAAAAUAUGAAACACUCUAUUUCACUCAAAAUAUUGAACUGUUUUCAUCAGAUGGAAGCAGUUAGUAUUACACCUUCAAAGAAUCAAUAGAUUAACUUAUAGCCAAGGCAAUUCAAUUAAAUUAAAAGUAAAUUUCCUUAUUUGAUGAUUCAAAUGUUGACUUCUUUUACUACAACUACAACGUCUUGAAUUCAGUAACUCAAUAUUCUUAUAUUCCUUUGAAUUAUUUCUAUUACUCAAUUAAAUCAGUAUCUGAGAAUUCACUUAAGAACAAAAUAGCCUUUUUAGUAUUACAGACUUUUGUGUAACUUGUUGCUUAGGUUUUAAUAGCAUUUUACUUGAUUUAUUUUAGUAGAUAGCUUCAGUAAAUAUAUUUGUUUUAUUUUGAAAUUAAUGAAUAACUUAUUCAUGCAGUAAUAUAAAAUUGUGAAAAAUUCUUAUCCAUUUUAAAUGUUGGGGAUGAAGAAUAGGAUGAGGAGAACGAGGAACAUUAAUUCAAUCUCAAUCAUAAUCAAGAACAGGAAGAAUUUAAAAAGGUGAACAAGAAAACAAAAAAAGUUUGGAAAAAUAGCAAUGCCAAAAUUUACAAGUUGAUGAUAACAGCAUUCUUUAUCUUUUUUCUUCUCCAAUGCUACUUUAUCUACCAAUAUUAUUCAGCCCAAUAAGUAGUAGAAGAUACGUAUUAUUUAUGUCCUAUUUUGAAUACUACAUCCCUCUUGGAAUCUUAAUAUCGUCUUGGAGAUAAUGCUAUUAGAGAAUAUAUGAUGAAUCCCGACAAGAGUAUAUUUAGUACAAACCCUUCAACAUUUAUAGAAACCUACCUAACAUAGUUGUACGAAGUAAAUGCAGAUAUGCAAACUAAAUUCACUUAAAAUGUUGAUUUAUUCUAACAAGAUUUCAUCAAUGCAUUUCAGUAACUGUACAUUUAAAAUCCUUGUCCACUUCUAGUACAGUUACAACCUUUUAUCGUUGAGGAAUAUUGUAACACUGUAUUAGAAGGGACGGUUUCUGAUGGAUUAUCAAUCGGCUUAACUAAAUUCUAUGAAAAUCUGAAGAUCUUACAACUCAAUUAUGAAAUGUAAAGAUAGCUAAAUUAAACAGAGGCACAAAAUAAAGAAUUUGCAAUUUUAUUGCUUAGUACCAAUUUUAGUGUAGAGGUUAGGAUUAUGGAAAAGAUUAUCAUAAGAUACACUCAAAGAUAUUUGAUUGAAAAGUUAGAGUAAAGUAUAAGUGAUUCCUUCACGAAUUUAUCAAUUACCAGAGGAACUCUGUUUAUUUGUUUCGCAUUUUACAUCUUUUUCAUUGCAUUCUUUUUAUGGAUUCCUAGUAAUUCGUCAUUGGUUAAGGCUAUGCGAAAAAGUAGAACUCUUUUGUUACUCAUGCCUAUGCAAAUAUUAACAAAUUCGACUCCAAUACGGAGAUACUUAAGAGCUGUACUAAAGAAUUGA